AUGGGCUCAACUAGUUUCGUGAAUAAAUCCAAAUUAAACGGUUUUCGAGCGAAAAGUUCUAGCUUCGGAUCCGAUAAAGAGAUGAACGGGAAAUUACGAAGGAAUAAAAUAAGACGACCGACCAGGAUGACCGACUACGGACUGAAGAGAAUCCCCGAUUACACCGAAAUGGCAUAUAAGGAAGCUGUAUCGAAAUUGAAGUAUUUUUUAUCGGGGAAUACUGCACCUAGUAUACGUAGCUACGGCGGAUCAGCAUCGAUUAAAAACCUGGACGAGUCAGAUGGCGACCUGGACAAAAAGUACCCGUUCAACGCUCUCACAGAGUACAAACCCAAGCCACGCCUUACUGCCAAGUAUACCACCCUGUACGCUGACAGUCUGAACAAUUAUUCACCACCACCCAAUGUCCCAGCUGCACCACCUUCAGCGGAUUUAACUGGUGGUACCAAUCCUGAUGUCGUCAACUUCAUUCAGAAGCAGGAGGAAUAUAUAGAACAACUUGAAAGAGAGAGUCAGUAUUGCAGGGAAGAACUCAACAACCUUCUGGGCAAAGUGAAGGAAGUGAUCUCGGAGAAUGAACAUCUUCACGAGGCACAGAAGAACAAGAUAAUAACACGAAUGUUUCAUAAUUAUGCGGGUUCGGAAACUGAUGAUCUAGACGAUGUUGGUGAUAGCACUGGCCUAGACAGUGAUAAUAAGGGAACACCAUCAAAGAUCAGGCGAUCAAGGACCCGCUCAUCUAAGUUGGAAGGACCAAACAUUGUGUUUGAAUCCCGGAUUGCCGAACUGGAGGCUCAGCUGACUCAGGCUAAAAUUGAUCUUAAGAAAGUUCAGGAGGAAAAUAAUGAAAACAAACGUAAGCUUGCAUCUGGUCUCGUCGAUUCGACAUGCUUAGAUGGUUUUAAGAGGCAAAUUGAUAACUUGCAGAGAGACAAAUCAUCAUUGGAAGCUCAAAUUUCAAAGCUGAAAUUAAAUUUGGAACAACGUGAUGGCGAUAUUGAUGGUAGAUACAAGCGUGGUUCGGACGCUAUUGAGAGUCAGUUGCGAGAGGAAAGGAACAAUUUGGAAGCUGAAAUACGCAGACUUAAGGAUGAUCUUUCUAAAGAGCGUAAUAAAGUUCGUGACUUUGCUGGCGAGACGGCACGCCGAGCAAUACAAGAACGUAGUGCAGCUGAACACCGAUAUAAUCAGCACUUUGACGAACUGCAGCAUGAUCUUGCAGCUCAAUAUGAUAAUGUCGCUAAAUUACAGCUUGAUCUUGAACGACAAAGGCGCGACGAAAGUGACCUAAAACGCGAACUGUCAAUGAAAAACGCUGCUCUGGAGGAAUUAAAAAUGGAACUUAAAAACAAAACUGCUUCCCUACAAGCAGAUCUGGCUCAGGCUCACGCAGAGAAAGCUUCCUUGGAAGAAGAAUUAGCUAGCGCUCGUCUCGCUAUAGAACGUAAUCAGAGACAGGCAAAACAUGAGACCAAUCGCCUAAACUCCGAGAUACAAUCUUUGCGCCAGAGAUUGGAUCGAUCUGAUGCAGAUCUCGUACAUUCGCGUCGAGAAAACUUGCGCCUUUCCGAACAAAUUUCCACUUUGGAGAAGGAGAUUAACAUGAAGUCCUUAACUCCGAUGACACCGGAGAAGAAGAAAAAAGAAAAAGAGUUUACUUCAGCACUUGAAUCCAUUGAAAAUAAACACGGCAGAGCGCAGAGACGCAGCCGUGUAGACGAACCAAUCAGAACACAGCGCGAUCGAUCAAGUUCAGGAGACCAGCCGAUCACGAACCGUUCCAAGCGCCGCGUAAAAGAGUCCGAUUCGUCGAAUAACUAUCCAAUUAUUGUGGGCCCAUUAACGACAAAUCAGGAUCUCAAAAAUUCACAUGGCGAAAAAACAUACAACCUGCCGCUAAUGAUUCAACAGCCCUUUUUACGGGAUAAAAAGGAGCCAAUUAAAGUUGAUAUAAGCGUCAAACUUAUACCGAAACCGAAGAAGAAAGACAAAAGAAAGCGUGAUGUUCAUGAAGAUGUAGAUGAUAAAAAUAUUAGCAUUGUAGUCAAAGAUAAUAAAAUAGAAGUUCCAAAGAAAUCAGAAGUACACGAUGUAUCUUCAAAUAUUGACGUCUCUUCACAAAUAUGUGAUAAUACUUCGAAGAGUAUUCAUACACAUAAAAAUAAUGAUUAUGCUACGGAAAAUAAAACUAAAGAUGAUCCACAGACAGAUAAAGAAAAUCUUAAUGUUGAUUUACCAAUAUCACCAGAUAAUGGGACUGAAUCUGAAAUAAACGAAGAAAUAAAACUGAACAAUGACACUAAUAGUACAGCUGAAAAUAGAGAUAAAUCAAAGAACGAAGAAGAAUAA